AUGGACAUGCCGACCUUUAUUGCCGUCGUCACGGUGCUUUCUACUCUUCUAUGUAUUUUCAUCAUCUUAUCUUCUCGCCUCUUAAUUGUCCGUCACCGGCGCAAGCAACGCUUGACAGCCCAUGAAGAUGCUGCCGUACUUCAGCCAAGAAUUCCAGGCACACCAGCACUCGUUCCCAGAAACGGACCUCCCAAAGGAUGGGAUGCAGAUUCUGUGAAAUACUCGUUCGCUGGAACAAAUACAGCCGUGCUCAAUUUCAUCUUGAAGUGGAUCCUUGACAAUGACGAGUCCAUCGUACCAGGAGACGACUCUCCGUCUAGGAUAGAGGGCACCCUCUUCAAGGAAGGGACAGAUGAUGACUUUUUCUCUGACGGCAGAGAUACCAGGCCUUUCCCGAACCAACGCAAAUGCACUCCCGAGGAAAUCUACUCGCUCCUUCAGAAUGAGACCACUCGAUCAAAAGUCGCACACUAUAUUUUCAUGUCGGUACUUUUGAAUGCCGUUUCUCUCGAUGGCUCACCUCCUUCAAGCCUUCUUCCACUUUGGUAUGUGGACUUGUGUGGUCUCCGUCGAUUACGCGAAGCCAUUCGUGGAGUUCACCUCUCCCCUGCAGUUUCAAUCCAUGCCCAUCAAUUCGGUGCUUAUCACGGCGAAGGAAAAGUCUCCUCAGAGGAUGUUGUAAAAGGAUACGUCCUAUAUCUCGAAUCAGUCUUCAAGCCAUAUCUUAAGGGCGAUGAUACCCGGGAAGUAAAGGCCGAUCGUCACACUGACCUCCGAAAGGCGAUUUACGCAGCAGCUGAUCACGGGAUGAAAGUGAUUGGGUGCCCAAAUUACGAGUUCCAAUACAACUGGGGAGAGCGAGACGUACAUAACAUCAUGAUCCACCCAGGACUUUCGGCUUCGGUCUAUGUGGCUGGUCGGCUGGACAGAACCGAAGAUCUGAUCAAGGCUCGAGUGGCUCCUGUGGUGCGAAGUGUUUGAGAUCGAGGUACUGAUAAAUGUGAGGGCUGUUGUAUCGGGUAACACACACUUGCCAGCGUAGCUUUGAUUUGGGGGGAGUGGGAGGAGUGGCCUCUGACUUUUUUUUCGAAAGUUGUGUCUUGAUGAUGGGUUUUCGGGAUAUGUUGAAUCUUUCACUUCUCACAACUGACUUCGGUCAAGUUUGCUACCACGCUGUAUCGGAAUUAUCUAUUCAUCAUACUGCACACUAUAGCUACACACCAAAUACAAUCUCAUUGGUAUUCCAC